CGACGACGAGGAUGCGCAUGAGGAGUAGGAUAAUGUUGUUGUCGCCAUUUGUUCUCAGAUGUACCUGAGCAUCCCGCCCCAGGGGUUCGGUUUGGUUGUCGAGCUCGCGUGGUAGCUUCCACGAUGUCCUGCGCAAACGAGCCACACCUUCGAGCUUCGCGCAAAGGAGCCGAACCUCGAGCGCGGGACGGGAGCUUCCAGGGCGUUGCCGACCGCUGCUCGCCAGAUCAUGCGGGGGCGUCGUCGUGGACACUGCGUGUGAGGGGUACGUUCCUGGACCCCGUCGCCCCUCCCACGAUGGAAAAGCGGCGCAGCUCGGACCCGGGCGUCGAAAGCGAGCGGCUCUCUUUUUUCGCCGAGGAAGAGGGAUACGCGGCGAAGUUGUCGGAAAAGAUGAACGGAUUGGGCAUGUCGUCUGCGGUGGCGGGGUUCGCGGCGGUUUUCAGCAGCACGCAGACUUCGCUGUCCACACGCUCCAGCUGUACCUCGAGCUCCUCGGGGUCACGAGCGCCAACAGGCAAGGCUUGCCCUUCGGACGCGCCCGCCCCCCACGGCUUCCCCAGCACCGCGUGCGUUCGGCAUCCAGCGCUGUGCCGACUGCCGUGCCAGGAUUUGGCGUCGUGCCUUGCCAGCUGCCGCCGCAAAAAGAUGCAGCACAUGGACAGGAAGUCUCGCCAGAUCUUCGGCGCCAUGGGCCGCCAGGCUCAGGUCGAGGUGCUGCGGCGCACCCUCGCCGCCAAGGUCGCGGAGCUGGGCCUCGGCGCGGAGGCGGCGCGGGCCGUGGAGGCGUGGCACGCCGAGGUCGCGGUGGCGCCGCCCGUGCAGGAGAGCUCCGCGCUGACGCCGGCGGAGGCCCAGCGCCUCCGGCAGUGCCUGGAGGGCCUGCACCUCAACGACCUGUGCGGCGUGCCGGCGCCCUGCGACGUGAGGCGCGGCCUC